UGAGGAUGAUGCUAUGCUCUAUUCCAAUGAAAAUAGUGGAAUCUCCCGAUUUAAAAAAUCCAACAGCUGGUCUUCAAGCGGAUUUGGAUGCUGUCAUUCGUCAUUUGGCACGCGCGUAAACAUCAGUUUUUAUUCAUGGAUAAGGCAUAAAAAAGAAUUGACAACCUUGCCUUGAGAAUUGUGCGUCAUCUGAAACGCCACUAGACUGGCAGAUAUUCUAGCUCGGACGGUAUCAAAUUGGACCGCUAGACGCAUAUGGCGUUAACAGAAUUCAUUAGCCAAUCAAUCUGUCGCGCACAGUGGUUCAACCGGAAUGACCGCUGGGUUCUAGGCACUAACCAAUCAAAGACCUCCGUGAGUGUUGAGCGAGAUGCGCGUAUUUACAGUCUUCUAAUACCGUUGGCAUAAAACUAGUGUUGGACAAGUCGUGUAUGUAUCAGAAGGGCGAUGCCAGGGAUAACCAGGUAUAAUUUAGUGGAUGAUGCACAGGAUUUGAGGAUCCCCAUGCACAACGAGGCGGCAUUUCAGCAUGGGGUCUGCUUCGAGGCAAAGUACAUUGGCAGUCUGGAAGUGGGUCGUCCGAACAGCCGAAUGGAGAUAGUGGCUGCAAUGAGAAGGAUACGGUAUGAAUUCAAAUUGAAGAACAUGAAGAAGAAGAAAGUCAACAUCAUUGUGUCUGCCGAUGGUGUAAGGGUGGUUUUGAGAAAAAAGAAAAAGAGGAAAGAGUGGUCAUGGGAUGACAACACAGUCAUGAUAACACAAGACCCCAUCUAUAGGAUUUUCUAUGUGUCACAUGACGCCCAGGAAUUGAAGAUCUUCAGUUACAUUGCGAGAGAUGGACAGAGCAACAUGUUCCGUUGUAAUGUCUUCAAAUCCAAGAGGAAGUCCCAGGCCAUGCGCAUUGUCCGGACAGUGGGCCAGGCCUUUGACGUGUGCCACCAGCUGACCCUGCAGCAGACAGGGGAGCAGAGCUCUGAGGAUGGACUGGACACCAAUGCUGCCGACGCAGAUGGGGAAGACGCCGUGCCAGCCAAGACGAGGUUGGCAUUGUCUGAUUCCACCGACCUUGAAGCCACCACAGAGGAGAGCAUCGACUGUUUGUCAUCUGACCUGGACAAGACCAAAAGCCAGGAACUUCUUAGUAAAGAUGGGAAGGACCCAGCCCUGCAGCUGACCUCCCCCAGAACGGGGCCGUCCGUGUCGGACCUCUUGGCCGUGGACUCCCCCCGCUCAGUGGAGCACCAGGUGCAGCUGCUCCAGAGACUGCUCCAGCAGCAGGAGCAGCAGGCCCAGGCUGCUGCAGCACAGACGUGUGUGCUCCAGGAGCAGCUGUCAGUGGAGGUGCGUGCAAGGACAGACGCCCAGGCCCGGGUCCAGAGACUCCUGCUGCAGAACACUGACCUGCUGCAGCACAUCUCCCUACUGGUCAAACAGAUCCAGGAGCUGGAGCUCAAGGCUGCUGGAGGACUCCGCUCCAUGGGCUCCCAAGACAGUUUGCUGGAGAUCACCUUCCGUGCUAAGCCCCCCCUGCGUGAUGCCCACACCACCCAAACCUCCAUGGGCCCCCAGCAGGGUCAGCCCCAGAUCAACAAUGGCCCAUGGGCCUCCACCCUAACAGGGUCCUCUCCACCAGGGACCAGGGCCCCGGAGAGCCUCUCUCUGGGGCCUGGCGGCAGUGCCGUGAGGCUGGAGUGCUUCCGCUUCCCCCGCCGCGGGGGAGAGGAGCCCCACCAGAACCAAGACCAGGAGGGGGAGAGUCCGAGCUCAGGCGGCCCAGACGGGGACUCCCCUGUGGGUGGAGAGGAGGUCCUUGGAGCCCUGGAGUUCCUCCGGUUCCGGGAGUCGGGGAUCGGUUCGGAAUACGAGUCCAACACGGACGAGAGCAGUGACAGGGACAGCUGGGGGCAGGGCGAGGGGGCGGGGCCUGAGGGCGCGGCACGCCUCUUCAACGUGCUGAACGCAGAGAGCCCUUCAGACUGUCUGGAUGAUGAGAUGGCUGUGUAGCCCUCCACAGCUCUGCUUCACUCAGUCAUAUCAUAUACAGUAGUGCUAUAGUGUUGUUGACAGUUCUCCUCCCUUCCAACUCACUCUGCUCACAGUACUUUUGUUUGAUAUUUGUUCAUAUUUAUUAGAUAUUUGUUUAUAACUCAUUAGAUAUUUGUUUAUAUUUAUUAGAUAUUUGUUUAUAUUUAUUUGAUAUUUGUUUAUAUUUGUUUAUAUUUAUUUGAUAUUUGUUUAUAUGUAUGCAUAUUUCUUUGAUGUUUGUUUAUAUUUGUUUAUAUUAUUUGAUAUUUGUUUAGAUGUAUUUGUAUUUGUUUAUAUUUGUUAUACUUGCUAAAUAUGUUUUUUUUGUUGCAUUGUGUACAUAUGUUGGAUAUUUUAUUAUUUGUUUAUUUUUGCCAUUUUUGUUUAUAUUUGGUCACAUUUGUUUAUAUUUGAUGCAGUUGUUUACAUGUGUUUGUUGCAUUUGUUGAUAUUUUGUCUCAGCACUUGACUUUCUGCUGCUGUUUCUACUCCCCUGGGCUUAUUGCAGUGUAGUUGUAGCCUGUGUCAGAGCCAUCUAAAUAUAUGACUCUGGUCUGUAUCAUAUAUCUAAAUAUAUGACUCUGGUCUGUAUCAUAUAUCUAAAUAUAUGACUCUGGUCUGUAUCAUAUAUCUAAAUAUAUGACUCUGGUCUGUGUCAUAUAUCUAAAUAUAUGACUCUGGUCUGUAUCAUAUAUCUAAAUAUAUGACUCUGGUCUGUAUCAUAUAUCUACAUGACUCUGGUCUGUAUAUCUAUACGACUCUGGUCUGUAUAUCUACAUGACUCUGGUCUGUAUAUCUAUAUGACUCUGGUCUGUAUAUCUAUAUGACUCUGGUCUGUAUAUCUACAUGACUCUGGUCUGUAUAUCUACAUGACUCUGGUCUGUAUAUCUACAUGACUCUGGUCUUUAUAUCUACAUUACUCUGGUCUGUAUAUCUACAUGACUCUGGUCUGUAUAUCUAUAUGACUCUGGUCUGUAUAUCUACAUGACUCUGGUCUGUAUAUCUAUAUGACUCUGGUCUGUAUAUCUAUAUGACUCUGGUCUGUAUAUCUACAUGACUCUGGUCUGUAUAUCUACAUCACACUGGUCUGUAUAUCUACAUGACUCUGGUCUGUAUAUCUACAUGACUCUGGUCUGUAUAUCUACAUGACUCUGGUCUGUAUAUCUACAUUACUCUGGUCUGUAUAUCUACAUGACUCUGGUCUGUAUAUCUACAUGACUCUGGUCUGUAUAUCUAUACGACUCUGGUCUGUAUAUCUACAUGACUCUGGUCUGUAUAUCUAUAUGACUCUGGUCUGUAUAUCUACAUGACUCUGGUCUGUAUAUCUACAUGACUCUGGUCUGUAUAUCUAUACGACUCUGGUCUGUAUAUCUACAUGACUCUGGUCUGUAUAUCUACAUGACUCUGGUCUGUAUAUCUAUAUGACUCUGGUCUGUAUAUCUACAUGACUCUGGUCUGUAUAUCUAUAUGACUCUGGUCUGUAUAUCUACAUGACUCUGGUCUGUAUAUCUACAUGACUCUGGGCUGUAUAUCUACAUGACUCUGGUCUGUAUAUCUAAAUGACUCUGGUCUGUAUAUCUAUAUGACUCUGGUCUGUAUAUCUACAUGACUCUGGUCUGUAUAUCUAUAUGACUCUGGUCUGUAUGUCUACAUGACUCUGGUCUGUAUAUCUACAUGACUCUGGUCUGUAUAUCUACAUGACUCUGGGCUGUAUCAUAUAUCUAGAUGACUCUGGUCUGUAUGUCUACAUGACUCUGGUCUGUAUAUCUACAUGACUCUGGUCUGUAUAUCUACAUGACUCUGAUCUGUAUAUCUACAUGACUCUGGUCUGUAUAUCUACAUGACUCUGGUCUGUAUAUCUACAUGACUCUGGUCUGUAUAUCUACAUGACUCUGGUCUGUAUAUCUAUACGACUCUGGUCUGUAUAUCUACAUGACUCUGGUCUGUAUAUCUACAUGACUCUGGUCUGUAUAUCUACAUGACUCUGGUCUGUAUAUCUAUAUGACUCUGGUCUGUAUAUCUAUAUGACUCUGGUCUGUAUAUCUAUAUGACUCUUUGUUAUUGGACCGUUGUGUAACAGUGAAACACACCCACCCAGCAUGGCCAGUCAUCAGUCUUGAUGUUGUUUUAAUUGAAAGACUUUAAAUGGGUUAAAAAGGACUAAACUAGACUUGAUAUUGUUUAGAACUGCUAUACUAAUACUGUGUUACAGUACAUUUGACUGGAUCUCAUUUGAAAUGUGGACAAGUGAUUCAAAACAGUUUAUAUUCAGGUUUUGAUCCACCACAUUGCAACAUGCAGACGGCCUUUUCCCCUAGAGCACAGGUGUCAAACUCAUUCCACGGGGGGCCGAGUGUCUGCGGGUUUUCGCUCCUCCCUUGUACUUGAUUGAUGAAUUAACAUCACUAAUUAGUUAGGAACUCCCCACACCUGGUUGUCUAGGGCUUUAUUGAAAGGAAAAACAAAAAACCUGCAGACACUAGGCCCUCCGUGGAAUGAGUUUGACACCCCUGCCGUAGACUAUGGUACGAUUCACUUUUCCCCUAGACUAUGGUACGAUUCACUUUUCCCCUAGACUAUGGUACGAUUCACUUUUCCCCUAGACUAUGGUACGAUUCACUUUUCCCCUAGACUAUGGUACAAUUCACUUUUCCCCUAGACUAUGGUACGAUUCACUUCAGUGCCAACUGACUAUCCUACAGCACAACCACAGUGUUAUUAACCAUACUGUCAACAGCUCAACUCACAAUAGCUACACUGUUUCCCAUCUCUCCCAAGUUAGAUUAUUGGCUCCAAAGUCAAUCUAAAUCCUAUCACUACUCUCUGUAGAGGAGAGGAUUUGAGCCAAUAAUCCAGCACUACUCUGUAGAGGAGAGGUUUUGAGCCAAUAAUCUAUCACUACUCUGUAGAGGAGAGGUUUAGAGGAGCGGUUUGAGCCAAUAAUCCAUCACUACUCUGUAGAGGAGAGGUUUUGAGCCAAUAAUCUAUCACUACUCUGUAGAGGAGAGGUUUAGAGGAGCGGUUUGAGCCAAUAAUCCAUCACUACUCUGUAGAGGAGAGGUUUUGAGCCAAUAAUCCAUCACUACUCUCUGUAGAGGAGAGGUUUUGAGCCAAUAAUCUAUCACUACUCUGUAGAGGAGAGGUUUUGAGCCAAUAAUCUAUCACUACUGUCUGUAGAGGAGAGGUUAUGAGCCAAUAAUCCAUCACUACUCUAUGUAGAGGAGAGGUUUUGAGCCAAUAAUCUAUCACUACUCUGUAGAGGAGAGGUUUUGAGCCAAUAAUCCAUCACUACUCUCUGUAGAGGAGAGGUUUGAGCCAAUAAUCUAUCACUACUCUGUAGAGGAGAGGUUUUGAGCCAAUAAUCCAUCACUACUCUCUGUAGAGGAGAGGUUUUGAGCCAAUAAUCCAUCACUACUCUCUGUAGAGGAGAGGUUUUGAGCCAAUAAUCUAUCACUACUCUGUAGAGGAGAGGUUUGAGCCAAUAAUCUAUCACUACUCUGUAGAGGAGAGGUUUUGAGCCAAUAAUCUAUCACUACUCUGUAGAGGAGAGGUUUUGAGCCAAUAAUCCAUCACUACUGUCUGUAGAGGAGAGGUUUUGAGCCAAUAAUCUAUCACUACUCUGUAGAGGAGAGGUUUUGAGCCAAUAAUCCAUCACUACUCUGUAGAGGAGAGGUUUUGAGCCAAUUGAAUAUCAUGCAGUCAAAAUGUUAUCAUGCCUAUUUCUACAGUAGCUUAACAUAGCUAUUUUCUCCCUCUCCCAAGACGAGGCAUGUUAGGGUUCACUAUUUCAAUAUUUCACUAGUCUUAAAAUGUUUACUGACUAUCGUCCCCGAAUCAAAAUGUUGUUUGCAGCGGAGAGGUGUGUUGCAAAAACAGCCUGAUAUUUAGCAGGUGCUACUCUCUGCUACACGGCUGUCACUACUCCCUCAUGUCACUGUACUGCACCACAACAGCCCUUUCAUAUUGUAAUGGGCCAGCUGUCAAACAGCAGGACGUUUUGACUCGGCGCCAAGCCUCUGACUUAAUGUAUUGGUGGGCCGUGUCUUUGAGCACUCUCCAAAUCAAUAAAUCUCUCUCACACACACACACACACACACACACACACACACACACACACACACACACACACACACACACACACACACACACACACACACACACACACACACACACACACACACACACACACACACACACACACUCUCUCUCUCUCUCUCUCUGUAUAUUUCUUUGGUGCCCUCUCUUCUUGUCUUUUACUCUCUCCCCCUCUCUUCUCUCUCUUCUCUUUCUCCCCCGUCUCUCCCCCCUCUAUUCUCUCUCUCCCCCCUCUCUUCUCUCUAUCCCCCCUCUCUCCCCCCUCUCUUCUCUCUCUCCCCUCUCUUCUCUCUCUCCCCCCUCUAUUCUCUCUUUCCCCCCUCUCUUCUCUCUUUCCCCCCUCUCUUCUCUCUCUCCCCCCUCUCUUCUCUCUCUCCCCCCUCUCUUCUCUCUCUCCCCCCUCUCUUCCCUUUCUCCCCCCUCUCUUCUCUCUCUCCCCCUCUAUUCUCUCUCUCCCCCCUCUCUUCUCUCUCUCCCCCCUCUCUUCUCUCUCUCCCCCCUCUCUUCUCUCUCUCUCCCCCCUCUAUUCUCUCUCUCUUCUAUCUCUUCCCUCUCUUCUCUCUCUCCCCUCUCUCUUCUGUCUCUCCCCUCUCUUCUCUCUCUCCCCCCUCUAUUCUCUCUCUCUUCUAUCUCUUCCCUCUUCUCUCUCUUCUCUCUCUCCCCUCUCUUCUCUCUCUCCCCUCUCUUCUCUCGCUCCCCACUCUCUUCUCUUUCUCCACCCUCUCUUCUCUUUCUCCACCCUCUCUUCUCUCUCUCCCCCUCUCUUCUCUCUCUCCCCUCUCUUCUCUCUCUCUCUUCUCUUUCUCCCCCCUCUCUUCUCUCUCUCCCCUCUCUCUCUUCUCUCUCCGCCCUCUCUUCUCUCUCUCCCCUCUCUUCUCUCUCUCUUCUCUUUCUCCCCCUCUCUUCUCUCUCUCCCCCCUCUCUUCUCUCUCUCCCCCCUCUCUUCUCGCUCUCUCCCCUCUCUUCUCUCUCUCUCCCCUCUCUCCUCUCUCCUCUCUCUCCCCCCUCUCUCCUCUCUCUCCCCCCUCUCUAACUCCUCUCUUCUCUCACUCCCCUCUCUCCCCUCUCUUCUCUCUCUCCCCUCUCUUCUCUCACUCCCCUCUCUCCCCUCUCUUCUCUCUCUCCCCUCUCUCUUCUCUCUCUCCCCCUCUCUUCUCUUUCUCCCCUUCUCUUCUCUUUCUCCCCUCUCUUCUCUCUCCCCCUCUCUCUCUCUAUCAUGUAUUUUCUGAUAUGAAAAUGUACAAUUGGAAGUGCACUAUUUUGACGUGAUGUCACUGGCGCUCUCCUCGUUGAAUUAAAUGCCCUUUCUCAAAUGCCAUGUUCAAUGUAUCUCCUCUUUUAGGUCAUGUGAAGGAAUGAUACAUAGCCUGCUGUUUUAGAAUGCAUCCAAAAUGACACCCUAUUCACCACGUAGUGCACUACUUUUGACCAGUAGUGCACUACUUUGACCAGUCGUGCACUACUUUGACCAGUCAUGCACUACGUAGUGAAUAGUGUGCCAUUUGGGAUGCAUAUUUAGUUUGCCUCAUCUUCCUGUGAAGCGCUUAUCCAGACCUGGGUUCAAAUACCAUUUCAAAUCUUUUAAAUACUUUGAGCAAUCGCUUUAACCUGCCUGGAGUGCCAGGUGCACUUUUGGGACUGUUCUAUUAGUUUCAUUGAAACAGGCAAGCUCAAAUCAAGCUCAAAUCAAGCACAGUUGAACUAUUUGAAAUGAUUUCAAAUAGUAUUUGAUCCCAGGUCUGCUCUUAUCAUAUUCAGCACCGGCUCUCCUUUGGUUACGACUUUCUGUGCUCCAACUAACAUUGACCUUUUCAAAAUGUUUUCUCUGUGGGUAUUUAUAGCCAUUAGCUGUCUGGACACAGUGGACUGUGUUGAGAGCAUUUUGAAAGGUGCCGACCUGACUGGGAGAGCAAGAGCCCAACAGCGCUGGUCUUCGGACGGGAUCAGCCCCUGUGGGAGCAUUCAUUAAGCUCAAUGUGACGAGAAUACUGACACCGCUGUUUCCUAACUCUGAGUAGCUAACGCGGUACAGCACAUACAUGUUGGACAUGCUAAAAUACAUUUGCUAAAUAUGGAAUCUAGUGUUUUGACUCAUCAUCAGUGUCACACCUUGAUCUGUUUCACCUGUCCUCAUUAUUGUCUCCACCCCCUCCAGGUGUCGCUUAUUCCCCCCAGUGUAUUUAUCCCUGUGUUUCCUGUCUCUCCGUGCCAGUUUGUCUUGUAUGUUCCAAGUCAACCAGCGUUUUUCCCGUUCGCCUGCUUUUUGCAUUCUCCUUUUUCUAGUCCUCCCGGUUUUGACCCUUGCCUGUUUCUGGACUCUGUACCCGCCUGCCUGACCAUUCUGCCUGCCUUGACCUCGAGUCUGUCUGCCGCUCUGUACCUCCUGGACUCUGAUCUGGUUUUGACCUUUUGCCUGUCCACGACCAUUCUCUUGUCUACUCCUUUUGGAUUAAUAAACAUUGUAAGACUCCAA